AUGAAGUUUUAUCGCAACUUUUUAUUGGUAUAUCUCUGUUUGUUUCUCAGCAAUGGGCACCAAACAGUGGAAUCAAGACCUGCUCGGAAUAAUGGUAAGUCCACUAUCCACGGCAGAGGAGAUUCUACCGUUUAUCGUCCCAUUAAAAGAAAACCGCCCAAACCUCCCCCGGAACGGGACAAACAUCCGAAAACUGAUCAAAUAUCAACAAUUCAUACAAUCAAAGUCAACCUCGACACUAAACACAACACCGACGAGUUUGACUAUUCCUACAACGUCGCCAACAAGACCCACUCGUACACCGCAACCGAUGGGUUCUUGUUCAAGCACCUCAAGGACGGCAAUAAGACCCUCUGGAGGUCAAAGCAGGGCAAGUUCGCCGACAAGGUGACGGUCAAGGACAGAGAAGACGGAUACCGCUCAAUCCGCGUCUUCGUUCCGAUAGAUGACGAAAGUUCGGACUCGGAGGACGAGCGCGACAGGAGAUCCAGCGCUUCUACGUCCCCCUGCUCAGUCCCACUCGAGCCCAUCGUCAAGGACUCAAGACGUGGCACCACGCUCGAGGGCGACCCCCGGGAUCUGAAAGGGGAAAAUCAUAAAUACUCAUUCAAAUUGGUGGUCGUUGACAUCAAAAACAGAUUCAACACCAACAGGAUUUAUUACGAACGCAACGACUUGGACAACCUCCACAUCUUUAUAGCUAAAGAGCCCUACCUCAUUGGGAGGGUUAGGCGCGGCGAGAGAGUGCUCUGGGAGCACUCGGACGGUCACUACGGCGAGGAAGUCAUCCUGCGCUACGACAGGAACGGCGACCCCCUACUCCGAAUCAACUUCGCAGAGGUUGAGCCGGAAAGUGACGACGAGCACGCACCCGCGAGGCCCAGGCACCCGCCAAAGCCGCUCGAGCACGAGUUAUUAUUUGCCCCCAUACCCUCAAAGCCACCCUCGGAAACUCACGAGGGCUCCCUGUCUCCCAGACACGUCGCCCCCGCCACGCCUGAGCUUCUAUCGCCCAGAGAGGGCGAAUCGGAAGUCGAGUCUCAGGCCAGUGACGCGGAACCGGAGGCAGACCUCACCCCUAUUACUGUCGACAUCAACAAGAGGGAAAGCAGUAAAUACAUCAACUACGAGUAUGACUCUGAACAACACACACACACAUUCACACCAGCAGACGCAUACUUUAUCUUCAUCGUCAAAAGGGGAGAGGAGCACUUGUGGAAGUCCAAAGGCGGUAUUUACCCAGAGAAGCUUACUGAACUUGUCGACAAAUCCGGCAACCCGGUUUUGCGACUACAAUUCCCUCAGGACGUUGUACUUGACAUCGAGCUCAAGUCUGAACCCGAGCCGGAGCCAGAACAGUACCUGCUCACGUUGGACCUCAAGAUUAAGGAAACCACGGCUGAAGUGCGCUAUGAGUACGACGAGGACACUGGAACUCACACCUUCACUCCCCUGCCGAGGUUCCUUGUUGACCGCGUCGUCAAGGGCCGCCACCACGUGUGGCAGUGCGAAAACGGCGUUUACCCGGAGAAGGUGCUGAUAAUACCCGAUGAGAACGGGGAUCCGGUCUUACGACUCAAGUUCCCAGAUGUUACGAUCGUGCCUGAGCCUGUGGCCCAUGUAGCCCCCGUACCCGCAGAGACGAAGGGCAAGAUGGCUAAGGAGCCCAUUGAACUCGACAUAGGAAUGGAGGCGAGCACUCAGACCAUCGAAUACUCGUGCAAGUUGAACGUCUGCACAUUCAGGCCACGCUCCAACUACGCCUUCAGUAUCGUCAAGGAGCUCAAGGGCUACUCAUUCUCGGGAACGGCGAUCAUCAUCUGGAAGGCGACGAGUCACAAGGAAUACCUCUCCAGGGUAGAGUACGACUACGUGAACAAGCUGGCCACGCUGUACCUCUGCGACGGAACCAUAAAGAAGUUUAAGAAGAUUUCCAGCGAGUGGGUGGACCACACUCACGUUCUUCCCUCCGGAAGGACUCCGAUUUUCCUCGACAUCGAGUGCACCCACAACACCUACUUCUUCGACUACUUCCGGGACGGAAACACUGAGAUUUACAUUCCGAAGCCCGACUACAUUUUCAAGCAGGUCAAGCGCGUGCCAGUGCCGACCAUCCUCGGACUCGACGCCAUCAUUUGGAGCACCGACGACCCCAAGUUCUACUCUGUGAAGGUCCAGGUGACUGACAGGAACACCGUCACGGUGUACUCUUGCAACGGGUUCACCCAGGUGUUCAUGAAGAGCCCUGACAACGGCUGGAAUCAGCUCCAUUACGCCGUCGGUUUUGAACUGACACAUUCGGUUCCUGGUCGACCCGCUUGUCUGGUUUAA